AUGAAUGACGAAGAGUUACAAACAUUUUGUCUAAUAGAGAUAGAGAAAUUGCUACAGGCCAAUGGAAAAUCAUUAAGAGAUUUUGCUAGUAUGCCUCCUAAUGUUGAUUUGGUCUCACAAUUUAGUAAUUCUAUGGUGUUGCGUGAAUUGGAAUAUGACAUUUCUGUGAUGCUUGAAGACGGUUCAAAUUUUCCAAAGUUGAAUGAAGAACAGAAGUCAAUCUAUAAUAGGAUUAUACAUUGUGUUACUAACAAGGAACAUGGGUUGUUUUUCAUUUAUGGGUUUAGUGGGACUGGAAAAACUUUUUUGUAUAGACUCUUAUCUGCCAAAUUGCGUUCUCAAAGAAGAAUUGUUAUUAAUGUUGCUUCAAGUGGAAUUGCUUCAUUAUUGUUACCUGGUAGUAAGACAGCUCAUUCUAUGUUUGGUAUCCCACUUGAAUUGAAUGAAGAUACUAUUUGUAGAAUUCCGAAAGAUAGUCCUAAGGCUGAUUUAAUUCGGCUUGCUGAGCUGAUUAUUUGGGAUAAAGCUCCAAUGGCUAACAAGUUUGCAUUUGAAGCUUUAGACAGAAGUUUUCGAGACAUAAUGACGUCGAUUUUGGUGUCUUACAAAGAUCUACCUUUUGGAGGAAAAAUCAUUGUUCUUGGAGUUGAUGAUAUUAUAAAUGCAAUUUAUCCUGACAUAGUUAGAAACUUUGAUGAUACUGAUUUUUUCCAAGACAGAGCCAUAUUAGCUCCAACAAUAGAGAUUGUUGAAGAAAUCAAUGAUCACAUUGUUCAAUUGCUACCUGGGGCAGAAAAAGAGUAUCUAAGUGCUGAUUCUAUAUGUGGUAGUGAUGCUUAUUAUGAUGUUGAUGUUGACUGGAUAAAUACUGAGUUUUUGAAUCAAAUAAAAUGUUCAAGGUUAUCGAAUCACUUAUUGAAAUUGAAGAAAGGCGUGCUUAUUAUUUUGUUGAGAAAUAUUGAUCCAGCUGGUAGCUUAUGCAAUGGUACUCGCCUUAUUGUUAGAGAUCUAGGGACAAAUGUGAUUGGAGCUGAGAUUGUCUCAGGGAGUCAUGACAAAUGA